GUUGCGGCUUCGUUAGUCCAGUCCUUACGAGUUUACUCGAGACCCAUCCUUUCUAGAGAAUCUGGGCAACAUGGGCCGGUUGAGACGCUCUAGGACGCAUCAUGCAAAAAGGGAUGUGCAUCGAGCCGCAAGAACGAGGGCGCGAACGAGGGAUUUGGAUCAGAUACAGCUGAUAGACCUGGACCCAAAGAACCGAGCCAUCCUCGAGGCACAACCGCUGGAUCCUGAAAAGCCUGGUUUGGCUCAGCACUACUGUGUGGAGUGUGCAAAAUACUUCGAGACCGAUGCUGCAUUACGAUCGCAUUGGCGGGGCAAAGUGCACAAACGAAGAUGCAAGACGCUCAGGGAACCUGCGUACACCAUUGAAGAGUCGGAGCGUGCUGCGGGAUUGGGAAGAGAAGGAAAGCGGAUGACGACCACGACGACAUCGCUUCGUUCUCCAAUGCAAGAGACGAGUAGUUGAUGCAGGGGGAGGGGGGUUCCCGUUGACUUGCGGUUGUCCUGUUGGUAUGCUUAACUUAUUCACUUUUAGGAUAUAUAUUUGCUCUGCUGGCCAGCACCAGCAUCCGAGCGAAUGCAG